AUGUUUUGCCUUGAUUUUACGUGUAUUACAGGGUGCAAUAGAUCUCUUGGUAUUCUGAGCGGUGAAAUCAAAGAUUGGAGGAUCACUGUACGACCCUUUCGUUACUACAGAUAUAAACCCAGUCCUGUGAGCCUGCUUCUUGAAGCGACGGGAGGAGCGGGGGAAACUUGGAAACCCUACUGGUUUUAUAGAGACCUAUGGUUUCAGGUUGAACUCCAUAAUGGAUACACCUGGGUUACUGGGAUAGCGACACAAGGAAGGCUGAUUGCAUACGCGCUGCUUUAUUGGGACUGCAGAGUUCGGAAGCAGUGGUACACGGAGAGAGGACAAAGGCAUGUCAAGGUCAAGGAAAUAGCGUGAAUCAUACUGUAAAAUCAAAAGACACAGUAUGUUUUCUUGCGUCAGACCCAAAACAUUUCUGAGAAGCUGUGUAGACCCACAGGUCUCAUGGAACAGAAAGAGGGGGGAGGGACUAAACCAACUAGACCAUCCUGCUGAAUUUUCCAUGGUUAUGAUCAGUUAUGGAGACGUGAAGAUUAGUUGUUUCGAAGAAGUAACCCUCCUUGGAGAUCAGUCUUACUGAAACCCCAAGAAGCUCCUCAUAUAAGUGAUACAUUUUCAUUCUAUAGGAGUUUGAUUUGCAGAAAUCCACUCAGGUCUAAGUAUCCUGUACUAAUCGUUUCUAAUGGUUUUCGUUUACCCGUUGACGGUGCGAAAAUGACCUUUCUGAGGUACAUUCAUUUAAGUUGUGGAUAUAUGACUUCCAGAGUAGCGAGCAUGUCAGUCUUUUUACUCUGCUGGAACAAGAGCGAAGACCUCGUAAGUAUUUCAGCUGUUAGAUGAUUCUUUUUAAGGCCAGAAAUAAAAUAAGCAUGUUAUCUUUCUUAAUUUCUAGAUUUUCACUGGAAAUAGACACAAAUCUUUUGUUCGCAACAAACUUAAGACACCCAUCAGAGCUAGAUUCUUCCGUAUCUAUCCAUUGACUUGGAGAGGAAAGAUAGAAAUGAGGAUGAAGCUGUAUGGUUGUAAAGGUAAGGUGGAUGUAAACGCUCAUUUAAAUGACAGGUAGAGAAUAGAUGGUAAUUUCUGAUUAUCUAUAUGGAUAUCGCUGAAUUUUUUUUCACUGUUGGCUGAUCGUAAGAGGCAAGGUGAUCUUAUAGUUUUAAGGCUAUCCGGUCAUCUCGUUCCAUGGCCAAAUCGUUCUAAGUCAGAUUUUACCACUCAACAGUCAUCAUUUCACCAAAUAAUCAGUUCGUUCCACGCAUAUAUUAUAUAUUUUCUAAACGUGUAAAGGUGAUUUGAGUACCGAGUAGCGAUCAGAACAUAGAGGUGCAUGAACCAGAACAGGUUUCUCUCGCGAGUAAUACUGUUUGACCCAAAAGCACUUUACAUCUGGUGCGCCAAAAACGCAGGCUACGUAGUACUUUAUUGAAUAUCCUUUGUUCUGUGUUGUGGUCAAAAGUCGACAAAGAUAUACCCUCGCUAUUGUGUGAAUAGCUCUCACAUCGUUCCGUAAUACACACUGAAAUUAACAUACGACGCUCUCACUAUUACAAAAAUAGUUCUGAAAAUAUUUUCGUCUAUGUUCCGAUCGCUACUCUGUACUCAGAUUAAAGUUAAACAUUUAGAAAAUAUAUAUUGUAAGUGUGACCCUCCGCGGGAUAUCAGGGAAUAAGGUGAACGCACGCACACGGCACGCUCGCACUCUAAAGAAAAAGAACUAGCUUUUAACACGUUAGCUGCGUGCUAGCUACUUGCCUCAUUAACUUCGUAGCCAUUGUCUUGCUUCGCAUGGUAGAAACAAAGGAACGUGUUAAGAUAUUGCUUAUAAUUUUGCACGAUAUAACACGAUAACCGUGCCAAUUUUAUGAGACGCCUCUUAAAGUUGCUUUCGAUUUGUAAGGGAAGUACGUCCAAAGCUUUAAGGCUUUUUAGCUCACCGAUACACUAAGCUGAUACGAUACUCAGUAUCCAGUGCAACUUCGGUCGCUAAAUCGCCAAGCAUAAAGGAAUGUCUCGACUUGUUGUCCAUAAUUUAAGACUGUGUUUGAGUUUUUUCCUUCAUUUUUAAAUUCGUCAUUUUCUUGCGAAAAAACGGGCCGAACGAGCAAAGUCCUCUGCUCCUGAAAUCGUGAAUAAACUUUUGAAGGUAACAAGCACAAGCUUUUUGAAGUAACAAGAGCGAACCUGUGUGAUGCAAAGCAAAUGGCUACUUCGUUGAGGGUAAAUUGUGUUCUCACCAUGUUAAAUUUGUAAACCAACAAGUACGACAGUCCGCGUGAUGCAGUGGUAGCGCUUGCGCUCUUUAAAUCGACGGUUCGAUUCAUGUGCACCACGUGAACGUCAUCUUUUUUUAUAUUCUUUAUCUGACGGAGUUUGCAAAACAAUUCGACAUCUCAUAUACUUUUUUGCCGUGAAUGUUUCCUCUUUUAUUACAACUUUCGAAUGGGAUAGAAGAUCUUCUUUAUUUUCGCCUAUAUUCUGUAAGCAAUAUACCUUACAAGUACCAUCCUCACAAUUAAGAAGCUGACAAACACAAGUAAAAAAGUGAGCUGGGCUGUACAAGAUAAACUAGCGUGUUAAGGAAAUAAAGGAACUCAGCGUGUUAUAACGUGCCGUGUGCGUGCGUUCACCUUAUUUUCUGAUACCCUUCCAAUAAGUAUGUGGAACGAACUGACUCUUUUGUGGAACGAUCUAACAAUUGAGUUGAACGGUCUGACUUGGAAGAUGUGACAAUUGAACAAAAUGACCGUAAAUCGUUUCAAGGAUAACCCUAUUUUUUGUCAGACAGAAUUAUGUUAGUUUCGAAACUACUUCAGGACAGCAUUACUUUCUUUAAUAAUUAUUCUCUAUGAUUGAUUUUGAAAACUCGAGCCAUCUUCUCGAUGAAAACCAAAACCACUCAGCCAUUAAGGAAUUUUAUUGACAUGUUUUCUUGUGGUAUUUUUUUUUACUUUUAUCUAACUGGCCGUGGUGUCGUAUCACUAAUUUUGAAGCCUUGAUUAUUUUUCUUCCUUAUUGUUUUUCUUUGGAUUGAUUUUCCCAGGCGUAUGUUUGUCCAUGCCAUGUAAGAAUGGAGGCAAAUGCGUUCCUGAUUAUAUCAACGAGAACUACACAUGCGUUUGUCCUAAUGGAUUUUACGGUGAUACCUGCAGAUUAGGUAAAUAAGUGUUCAAUAUGCACCAUAAUAUUCAUCGAGAUGAAGUGGUGGUUAAUGCUUGUGAAUGGAUUGGGUGGAAUCCAAUUUGGUCUGAAAUUAUGCGUGCACGCUUUCCUAAAAGAACAGGGCGACCGUGAAGCGGAAAUCAACAACGUCUUCUUAUUAGUGAAUUAUAACUAUGAAAAAAUUGGAGAUAGAAAAUACAAGUCGGUUAGGUUGUUUUUAAAGAUGAAGAAACAAUUGACGUUUUCAGAAGAAAAUGAAACCAAUAAUCUCUACAACAGCGCUCCUCGUAUAGGUUGUACUACCGGGUUACACAGGCAAGACGCCUACACUAUAUCCAAAUUGUAAUGUCGAUCACCAUCACGUUCAACUCUUUUCUUACGGCUCUGAGAUAGAAAAUACCCGCUGAAAUGAACAUCACAGUGGCAGAAGGUAGUUGUGCAAAGCUGCGUGUCAAUUUGACAAAAAUGCAAACGUUGAUAUCAAAACUCAAUUCCCUUUUUUGUGUUUAAAAAAGCAAAUAAUUCAUGACUCCAGAAUGAAUCCUAUUUGCCAUUUCUCUAUUCCAUAACUUGUAUUUAAUUUUACCAUUUAACUGACUGUUGGCAUUUGUUUCACAGGUGACUUAUGCAAGCUUAGUAAACCUUGCUUACAUGGAGGCAACUGCUCAGCAGUCAGAUCCUGGCCUUAUUUCAAGUGCACAUGUCCUUCCAAUUACACUGGUUUCGACUGUGGAUUCGAGAUAGGUAAGUAUAGUCCAGACACGUAGAAAGCACAAAGAAAAAUAAACAAUAACUGCAAGGGUGAAAGGUGAAAACGAACGCACAAGCAAAAAAACGAUCAAACAAAACAGAUGCAAUAGAAAGAUUGUUAAAAAUUAUACAAAAUGAUUUCGUUUAAAUUGUGCAUCGGUUUUUGUAGAGGGAUAGUAUGAGGUUAUCCUGGUAUUGAGCGAUUUCCAAUUUAGUAUCGAAAGUAAUCCAAGUUUAUUUUUGUUUUGCUUUACUUCGCUCUGAGAUUGGUGCAAAGAACUCGCACUACCACCUUAACCAAUAAAACACUGAAACCAAUCUCAACUUGGUUCCCUCCCCCCCUCCCUCUACUUUCCCCUUAUUUUUUCCCGCACUUUCAGAGGGUUGCUUGUUCUUACAACGAGGUCUCAUUGCUUAAUGAUUAAACUCAAUCUUACAACUGCUCCAACAUGUAAAUCCACUGAACUAGCAAUCCUCUUUUCUUUUUACAGGUGAUCCGUGCAAUCAUAACUUUUGUCUUAACAAUGGAACUUGUCAGCGUAUAGAAGCCUGGCCGUACAGCCAAUGUAUUUGUGGUUCUGGAUACGCUGGUUUUAAUUGUGGAACCCCCACAGGUAUGAAACAGCAUAAAACCUCAAUUUACAACGGUGGGCGCAAUAAAAUGUGUCCAGUGAGUAACAUCCUUACCCCAUCAAUAUUUUUUCACCACUUUUGUGAAAUACCAUUGAUCUAGCAGGGGUUCCUAACAUGCUAUUUACUAGUAGCAUUUCUGGACUGACCAGAAUUCUGCAUAAUGUGGACUUGAAACAAUACUCUCAGUCCCUUGCUCAGGCAGGAACAAAGAGAGAGUGCAAACGUCUUAAUUAAUCAAGCUUACAAGUUGAUGGAAAGUCGGAAAAAAAAAAACAUUUCCGGAGCGUAAACUGAUAAACAGCUAAUCAUUGUUUCGCUAGAACAAGCUAUGAAAUUCUUGACCAAAUUUCUUAGCAUGUCUUCAACAAUGGUAACUCAAUUAUGACCCAAAAGAGUCGUUUUCACAACUUCCUUUACCCAAACCGACCUUACUAUCAAAAUCACGUGUCCAUUUUCUUUACAGGCGACCGUUGCCCUGACACUUUCUGUCCAAAGGGUUGGAAGUGUACUUCCUUACAUUGGCCCAUUAAUUUUUCGUGUAGUUGUACAUCAGGAAACUGCAAUGUUGCAACAGGUAAAAUAUCUUCCAUUAUUAACCUCGAAGGGCUUUUAUUAGAAGAGUUCUUUAGACACACUAAUUUCUCUGAGCAGUAUUUGUGUCGUGGCAUUUCUAUUGCAUUUAUUAUUUUCGCAUGCUUCUUUCCUAUUACCUUCCUACGAGUCUAUCACCGAGGAGUCAAAGAAAGACAUGUCUAAUUCAAGGGUAAAUAGAAACAAAUGCUUGUUGCACAAAAAUCAUAAUGUGAGUACAUCGUGGCUGAUCGUGGGGUUUCCAACCACUCUGUGUGAUAAUAUGAUUACACUCAUUCUUACAACUGCUCCAACAUGUAAAUCCACAGAACUAGCAAUCCUCUUUUCUUUUUACCGGUGAUCCGUGCAAUCAUAACUUUUGUGUUAACAAUGGCACUAAUCAUCGUAUAGAAUCCUGGCCGUACAGUCAAUGUACUUGUACUUCUGGAUGCGCUGGUAUUAAUUGUGGAACCCGCAUAGGUACGAAAUAGCAUAAAACCUCAUUUUAAAACGGUAUGCCCAACACGAUGUGUCCUGAGGAACAUCCCUUCCCCACCAUUACCUUCCACAACUUUAGUGAAAUACCACUGAGCUAGCAGGGGUUCCUAACAAGCUAUGUACUCUUAGCAUUUCUGGACUGACCAGAAUUCUGCUCAAUGUGAAACAAUACAUUCAGUCCUUUACUCAAGGAAGAACAAAGAGAGAUUGCAAACGUCUUAGUUCAUCAAGCUUACAGGGUGAUGGACAGUCGGAAAAGAAACAUUUCCUGAGCGUAAACCAAUAAAGAGCUAAUCAUUGUUUUGCUAAAACAAGCUAUGAAAUUAUAGAUUAAAUUUCUUAGCGUAUCUUCAACAAUGGUAACUCAAUUAUGACCGAGAAGAGUCGUUUUUACAACUUCCUUUACCCAAACCAUCAUAAUAUACGACCUUACUAUCAAAAUCACGUGUCUAUUUUCUUUACAGACGACCAUUCCCCUGACACUUUCUGUACAAAGGGUUGGAAGUGUACGUUCUUAGAUUGGUCCCAUGUUUUUUCGUGUAGUUGUACAUCAGGAAACUUCAAUGUUGUAACAGGUAAACUAUCUUCCAUUAUUAACCUCAGAGGGUUCUUACUGGAAGAGUUCUCUAGACACAUUAAUUUCUCUGAGCAAUAUUUGUGUCGUGGCAUUUCUAUUGCAUUUAUUUUUUCGCAUCCUUCAUUCCUAUUACCUUCCUACAAGUCUAUCACUGAAGAGCCAAAUGAAGACAUGUCUAAUUCCAUAAUAUAUAGAAACAAACGCUUGUUGCACAAAAAUCAUAAUGUGAGUACAUCGUGGCUGAUCGUGUAGUUUCCCGCCCCUCUGUGUCUCAGACUGAGAGGUAUUCAUUGAAACAGAGCUAUGUUUGAGUGACUAACAGGAGAAAAAAUAUACCGAAUUCGUACUUCCAUUGGAAGAUGAUUCAAAUUUAAAAUAAAACUAUUACUUUGAAUACAGACGAGGUAAUCUGAAUAUCGGAGACUUUUAUAUUUAAAGCAAUUUAUAUAUACGAAUUUAAGUUUUCAGCGAAGAAACUAUUAUCAGGUGAUCAAAUCGUAUUCUUGGUAAAGCUGUUUUUCCGUGCAAUAGACUUUGGGUUAUCACAGCUAAGGUUAUCACGUAAAAAAGGGUAAACAUCUUACGAGGAAGGACUGUGCAUGUAUAGGAUCUCGCGUGUGGGGGACGGUGUUGUCCAAGUCCACAUUGGCAAAUUGCCUUUGCAUCCUACUGACUUAAAACGUGACGCAGUUUUUUCUAUGAAACAAACAAAAUCCGGUGGCGCAAUUAACUUUGAUUAUAAUUCCACUAGGCUCUCUUCUAGUUGUAUACGAUACCCAAAAGAACACUCUUGACUAUGGGACAGUUUAGACCUCAAUUAUCCUGGUAAGAGAUUCAGUUAAAAUCUCUUGAUCGAAGUAGUGGCAACCGUGUCUGAUUUUUACUUAAGGAGGCUCUAUAGGGCUUUUGCUCAAUGUUGGAGCGCGCGCCAGCCUUUCGUUUUUCUAGAAAUUUUUUUUUAGGUUUUUCAAGCUCACUAAGAGCUAUCAAAAGGCAAUAAGCAAGAUUCGGACUAUCAUUUGCUGUAUUAAAUAUUAAUGAAAUGAUUUUCGUGACUAAGCUAAGGCUCCACGAAGGGUAACGCUCGCUAGUGACAAUUUGGCUUUGCCUUUGAUUUUCUUCAAUUUGAUUUGGUGAGACCUCAAAUUUUUCACUAUUUGUGAAAUGUCCUACGGAUUAUUCAAACGCCGAAAAAUAAGGGUUAGAAAGGCAGUGUAUUCGCUAUUUGUAGUUUUGUGGUUUCUUCCUGUGUCCCAAAUUUGGUCCUUUAAUUUUUUUUCAAUUAACAGGCACUAGAAAGGGCACAAAUAUGUUUAACGGUCCAGAAAAAUUUAGGAAAUUUCACAGAACGAAACGCGAUUACAUUAUUCGAAAGAUCCCUAUUUUCUUUAUCGCAAAACACUGCGUAAUGGAAUAAAACUUCACCAAGAUCUAUAUCUAAGCAUGCGUAAACUUUUCAAUCUGUCGCUAUCUGUCACCUUUUAGCAAUCUUUCCCACCGUGUUUUCUUUACGGUUGGCCUCUUUUUCAGGUGUAGAGGGCCUAACAAUAUUACGUUUACAUUGGUUGUAAGCCCUAGAUUCCACCACAUAAAAACUUUUGGUAUCGUGUUUAACUAAGUUGUUCAUAACACCAGGGCGAUUACAUCGAGCUGUCAUGUUUGUUUGCAUGUUGACAUUUUUAAAGCUUGCCCUAUGUUCGCCCCCAGAUCUUGCGCGGUCAAAAAAACAAUACAGAGCUUCCUUAAGUUGGAAUUUAUCUAAAAGCCUCAUAAAAAAUAAAUAAUCUGGUAAGAUACUUUGUAUCUUUACAUCAUAGCAUUCAAAAGUUAUGCUUUUUUUUUCAACAGUUGAUGCGUGUUUCGCCAACCCUUGCCUGAAUAAUGGAACCUGUACACUGAAUAAUAACUCACUGGGUUUUGAAUGUAGCUGCCCUUUAGGGUACAUUGGAUUUAAUUGUGGCUUUCAAGCAGGUGACAAAGGUUUCUUAAUUGAUUAAAUUAUGUCCGCUGUUCUAGUUUGUAUGAUUCUAUUCAGAGCAAGAGCUCAAUCGAUCAGUCAGUUGGUUACGUUUUAUGGAAUUUAUUUUAUUAAACUAUUGGUCAGUCAGAUUGUUUUUCUGUAAGUCAGUUACUUACUCACCCACUUACCCGCUCGUUCCAUCACUAUCUCAUUCGCCCCUCCAGUCUUUCGGUCGGUCGGUCGGUCGGUCGGUUCCUUUUCGAAAAAAUCAUACAUAACGUUGCAAAUUGCUUUUCUUACACCAUGUUUAAAUCAAAAAUAGAGGGCAUUACAACUUGAUAAUUUGCGAUUUACCCCUUGAAAUAUAGAGUUGUCGAAGUAUAUGGUCCGCAAUUAAGUAGUGACAUAUUUCAACAGGCAAUCCGUGUUCAAAUAACUCUGAACGUUGCAAAAACGGCGGAAACUGUACGCAGGAGAGUAAUAUCCUGGGAUACACAUGCAAAUGCACAUCGGAGUAUAUUGGGUUUAACUGUGGCUUUAUGAAAGGUGAUGCAUAUUCUAAAAACAUAUUAUAUCUUAAAGGAUACCUCAACUAAUGGAACACCUCGUUGUUGAAUUAUCCUAAAAUAUAUUUUUAGUAAACGAAGAACUUAGUGCGAGAAAAAUCGAAACAGAUAUGAACUGCUUUCAAAUUGGAAUUCUGUGUGUUUUGCAAUGUUGAAUCGUAUGACGAGUCACGAUUGCCACACUCAUCCUGAUGAUCUCACUUGGACUUGAUAAUAGAUUUGUGAAUAGUAAUGAAACCGUAUGACGUAAUAUGAGCUAGACUUUAGCCAUCCGUCAAAAUUCCAUGACGUGGAUCUCGAUAUUUUUCUUUAAGAAAGGAAAGCUGUCUCAAAAUUUCAUUUGCCAGUGAGGUUCUCCUUAUUUUGAAUCCAACCUGUGUUAAGGCAAGAACUUCAAAACCGCUCCACGCGAAAUUUAACCAGUUGGUCCUGCCAUUUCUUCUUCACUAACGCUGUGUUUUUACGUCUUCACAGACGAUCCCUGUUUUCCUAACCCUUGUCGAAACGGUGGAAAUUGCUUUAGGGAAGAUGGUCUGAAGGAUUUCAUUUGCAAUUGCACCUUUGGAUUUAUUGGUAAAAGAUGUGAGAGCGAGAUUGGUAAGUUUGUCUAAGAUGUACUUGUACCACUGCGGUGUUAAUUAUCAUUUGGCACCCCGAUUGGCCUUGAAAGUCAAGAUUAACAAAAUCGGACGACCACGAAAUAGGAGUCCGCUUUUGUUAUUCACGAGUAUGAUUACAGAAAAAGGUUCUAGGACACGAAUUCCGUUUAUUAAACGAUCAAAACCAUUAAAAAAAACUUUUGGUUCGUACAAAUAAUAAUUGAUCCAGUACUGACCUGGUUUAUAAAAAAUUUACAAAUUGUCGUAGAUGUUUCGGCUUUUUGAUUUGGUACUUUACACAAGCCUUGAAAUCUAAUUGAUUGUUGAGAUUUAGUAAAGUUUUCUUUAGGUGAAAAAGAUGUGAUUUAAAACAAAGUCGAUUUGACGAGAACCCAUCAGGUUGCAAGGAUCACCUGUAUUUUAAAAUGGCCCUAAUAUAGGCUUUAACUGUGUCAAUAAAAUGCUCGAACAUCGAUGGAAAUAAAAACACGUUGUUCGUGGCUUAAUUCACUGUCUCGGGUUCAAACAAUUUAAUUUUCACCGCUACGAUUAAAAAAGACGUGAUCGGACAGGCCGAGCGGAACCAAUUGUAAUAUACAUGUAGCACCUUUCAUGGGUGAUCAAUGUAAACCCUAACAUCAGUAUGCAAAUCCUCCACAAUGUUCUCUACGCAUUUCUUACAGUAAUAAACAUGUGUGACCCAGUGGUAAGACUCUAGUUAGAAAUUACAAGCUAGUCACUCUUGGUGGUUAAGAGGUUAAGGGCUUUUAAGUCAUUUAGUCAACUACACUUCCACAAUUGGUGAAAAUCUUAUGAAUUAGAAGAUGCGAGGAUGGAAGGAGAGAUAUCGUCAAUUUGCCUUUAACAUCAUACUUUUUACUUAUGUAGUUCAUGGGAAUUGGAGUCACUGGACACCAUGGCCGAACUGUAACAAGCCGUGUAAUAACGGAACACGAACAAGGAGGCGUGCAUGUGAUAACCCUAGGCCAGCUUUUGGUGGAAAAAGAUGCGAAGGGUUAACCUUUGAGUCUGAGCGCUGUAACCAAGAAAAGUGUCCAGGUAGAAGAUUUCUCAAUCUUUUCUUUUUCUUAGCAUGUUAAGUGUUGCUCCCAGAAGCUCAAAGGUCAAACGAGUUGACGAGAAAGUGAAUGAAGGUCACUUGUCAUCCUAGAUUAGAAUCCUUUUUCAGCCAAAGUUUCCCUCGAGAGGGCAAUUUUGUAUCUGUUUUAGUGGCAUGUAAGGUUCAGCUGUAUUGGUUUCGGUGGUGAGUGUUUCUGUCAACUAAUCUAGUUUGAACAGGCAGCCCCACAGCAUCAAAUAUUCAUUAAAUGUGGAGAACAAAAAAAAAACAUCUUCUGCUCACUUCUCUUCUCUUUUCAGCCGAAAAUGUAAAAUACCAGGUUAAGUUAAGAGGUGAAACAUGGGAAUAUUCUCUUGCGGAGGUAGAAAGUACAAAAUACCCGGAACUUGCGGAUAGAAUCAAAAAAGCUGUAAAUAUAUCAUUUUUAUUAUUUCUCUUCGAAAUGUUUUGAUUUCUCAAAUAAGUUGAAUUUAACUUUGUUAGCUUUUGAUUAUAUAUGGCCCGCCAAAACUGUCUAUACUAUUUUCUCCUUUAGGUUAAGGACUUUUACCACAGGAGGGAUGAAAAUGUUAAAGUUGACAAGCUAAAGUUCAAGUAAAUCCUCUCUUUUAGAUUGAUAGUCUAUUGUCUCCUCUCACAGCAGAGCAAUUCAUCGCACGAUUAAUUUACAUACACAUUGUUUAGGAUCGUCAGAAUCCAUAUUUAAAAAAGGUUUGACUUUGCAUAUCUUUAAUCGAAUCCAUCAUUUGUUAUAGGAAAGGAAGUGUAAUUUGUAGUUUUAACGUCACCUACGAGAGCAUAGACUCGCUACAGAUCGUCUCUUUCCUGGAGGAAAUAGCAGGAGGAUUACUGGGAGAUAUUCCAGUUGCGUUAGACAAGAUCGAAACCAGUAACGGUAUGCAUAACAAAGUUUGUCAGCCAGAGUGAUUAACAAUUAUUUGUGUCUGUGAUAAUGAACGACGCGUGCUUAGAUUUAGCGCGCAUUUAUUAGGGCUUAAGCUACCUGUUCAGUGAUGACGUCUGCGAUUUGUUACUGAACCAUGACAAAAUGGAAUUUACGUGUAUAAUAUAAUAAGGAAGCUAAAAAUUGUUAAUGGGGAAGUCAUGUAUGCGUCUGUCCUCUAAUAAAUCACGAGAACCAAUCGAAAUAUAUGUUUAUUUCACCUGAUCAUAUAAUUCUUGUUUUUAUUUUCUCUCCCAGUACCCCAACAAGCUCCUGUGGAUUUGAAAGCCAAAAGCUCCAAAUCGACGAGUAUUGUCAUAAAGUGGAGGCAAAAUCAUUCCUUCUCAACUCUGGGUAAUAUGAUUGUCUACAAAGAAGCUAACAAAAAGUUCAAGACUAACACCACGAAGUCAGUUCCACUCAAUGCAUCUGAAGCGAUGCUGGAGGAUUUGAAAAAAUUCACAAAUUAUACCAUCCGUGUGUUUGCCUUUUCAAGUAAUGGUAAUGGGGUGCCAAGUGAUGCUGUCACUGUAAGAACUCAAGAAGAUGGUAAGUUCAGAAAGAUAAGACUAUGAAGCACUUUAACAUUUCUUUAAGAUAUUUUUUUAAUGAAUGGAUUUGAUAUCUUAUAGAGACUAAGAGAUCUGCGAAUGCGGCUAUAGUUUGUUGAGGGUAGCUAUUCCUUUUGUUUUUGUUCUCUUGGGUUGGUACACUAUGAUAGACCAACCAUUGAAGGGUGUUGCGGACAAGAAAACUCCAGCACACCAUGACUUGGGUUGAUAUUGUAAAAUGGCCACUGCAAAGAGUUUGAAAAUUGACGUUUCGAGCGUUAGCCGUUCCUCAAAUUGCUCGGACGAAGGGCUAACGAUCGAAAUGUUUGCUUUAAUACUCUUAAUGGUAGCCAGUUUGUUCUGGCUUCUUUACGUUAUCAUGUAUCUAUUGUGUCCUAGUGCCAAGUGAGCCACCCCCUGACAUUGUUGUCAAAUCAACAAGUUCAAGUACAAUUCAUGUGUCCUGGGGGCCGAUCAGCCAAGCUUUCGUACACGGGAUACUUAUGGGGUACGAAGUCAGUUACGCAAAGGAUGACGAGUCAUUAGCAUGGGACAACAAGACACUUGAUGCCAACGCACAUGAAACAGUUUUAAGUGACCUGGAAUAUUUCACUCCGUACAAAGUUGUGAUCUGCGCGAGAACAUCUCAAGGAUGUGGAAAAAAUGUCUCUCGCAAUGCAACCACAUUUGGUGAUGGUGAGUUGAAGAUUUUAUGAUAGAAAAUGAUCUAGCUACGAAUCUAUUCUCAAUCUCUUGAGACUUUCAAUCUCUCUUUAAAACGUUCGGUAGCCGGCGGAAACCUUUCGACCAAAUUGGGAUUUAUUUAGGUUACUUAAAGAAAAGAAGGUCACGGGGCCCAGUAAAAACUGUAUUUAUCUUAUGGCCGACAUACAGUCGGUGUGCGAUGAUCAUUUACAUUACUAAGAAAAUCACUCAUCUAUGUAUGUAUCUUUCCAUGCACUCUCGUGAGAGAAAACUCCCCAAGGGGCUUUUCACUCAUUUAAUCGCUUGCUAAUCAUCGUUUUUCUCUGGGUAGAAAUUUUCAAUUAUUGUACUAACAUGUUUUGCUUUUGCCUUUACUCUAGUACCCAGUAAGCCUCCACAAAACGUGACAGCUGAGAGAUUAAAGGCUGCAGAAUCCAUCAACGUCACCUGGAAUGAAGUGCCGUUUGGUCACGUGAAUGGUCUGUUGAUGGGAUAUUCCAUAAAGUACCGAAGAGUGAAAACAGCCGAGAAAAAUGUAGUUCACUUGGAGGAGACGGCCAUAGCAAAAUCAACUGAUCUCUGGAUAGUACUCAAUGUUCAAACCUACUCGGUUUAUAAAAUCGAAGUGGCGGCUUUUACUCAAAAGGGCCUGGGGCCUUAUAGUGAAUAUAUCUAUGGUGGUAGGUAUAGGUAUAAAUAAUUCGGAAUAGCUUAACGCUGUAAUCACUGAGUUCAAUGACAAUGUACAAAAUGUCCACCAUAAAGAGUUUCAAAGCUGGGCGAAUGCUUGAAUAGCUAUCCUCUCUGAAUUACAGAUGUUUGGACUUAUCCCCUCCUUAACAUGUCAUGUCAAUAUUGAGAAAUUAAUCAUUUUUAAACACAGGGUGGGGUGGGGGGGGGGAGAGUUCGGAGGAUCACAUGAUUUUCUGGGGGAAUAGUUAGAGUGGACUACUGAACAUUGACUGCUAAUGAAUGCUACUGAGCCUUAUGGGGGAUCAGGUCAAUGUAAUUAUGAUAGAAGUAAAGUCUUACGGACCCCACUUCCCUGGCGAUGAAUAAUUAUCGGUCCCUAACAAUUUGGUGAAUAUCUCUCAUCCAUAUUUUUCGUUUACUUUAAAGAAACCUGUCGCUGUCCAAAGACUCUUUACACGAACUAUUGGUCAACUCCGCCGUAUCUAAAAGUGAAUCUAAAAGGAAACACUCUGGAUGGCAUUUUUAGUCACAUUGUCACAGAUAUGAUUUAUACAGCUUGUGGAGAGUGUCCUGCAUACGGUUUCACCGAAAUCAACUUGGCUUCAAACGGAAAUGGACAGCGAUCCGGCAAGGAAAGCCUUGUAGACGUUCUUGGUGACAUCGAUGAAGUUCCACAAAUAAGUUUUCCAAUCUACGGCAACAGAUACGUAACAAGAUUUGGGGGCAUUCACCCUUAUGUCAACCUUGUGGAGUCCCCUGGGUUGGCUUUUGUCGCCGCCAAGAGGACUCCAGGAGCAGCUGCAAGAAACAUUGUAAGCGCUGUGUUUUCUUGCUUUCCACUGGUACUACUAUCUGCAUGUAUGGCCUUUCUUUCCGGGUUCAUUAUAUGGCUUUUGGUGAGUAUAUAAUAUUUCGCUGUUAUUCAUUUAAAAAACGAAAGCUUUUUAGGAGUAGAGUUUUGGACUCAACUUCACACACUUCAAAAAAUAAUGCAAUAAUGGUAAUAAUGAUGUAAAUAUUCUCAUGACCUUUUUCUGGAAAAAGUAUGGAUAUUACAGGGAGAAAUUGCAUGUCAAUCACCUUUAGGAGUUCAAGGGUUAACUGAGUCUAUGAACCGCCCACAAGGAAAUAUAUCGCUUUCGUGGAUUGCACCUCAACAGUGCCGUGUACCUUAUAACCUAAGUAGACUUCAAACUUUUGUUUGUUUUGUUUUGUAUUCUUAAUUGAAGUUAAAACAUUGGGAAUGUUUCUCUCGUCAUCGUUCCCUAUCUCAUUAUUCAGGAUAUGAAGAACAACUCAGAUCAGUUUCCAGCCUGUUUUAGCAAAGGUAUCGGCGAAGGACUCUGGUGGUCGUUCGUCUCCAUGACUACCGUUGGGUAAGCAAACCCUUAACAUUUGUUAUUUGUGCCGAAUCUAUUAUCGGUGUUUACUUCUUAGCAGCCCUUUUUCGUUAUCGUGAACCCAAGCCCCUCCUCUCCUCUCUGUAUGUUCACUUGACUGUCUGUCUGUUUUUGUUUUCAGCUAUGGAGACCGUUUCCCCUGUUCUGUUCCUGCCCGUAUUUUUGGUAUCGCAUGGACCCUCACUGGAAUCGUUAUUAUCUCAAUUCUUAUUAGUGCGAUUGCGUCGGCGCUGACGAUUGUCAACGUUCCAUACCCAAUAAAAUUGUAUGGUGCAAAGGUGCGUUUCGAUUGUAAAUACAUAAUCAGUUUUCUUAUACACGCGGCACAGCAGGCUACAUGGCAUUACUUCAUCUUACUUUACUAACUAAUUGAAAUCUCACGUUGCUUGUCUCUAGUUUUAUCUAAAAAACAAAGGAGUGGAUUCCAUUUCCUUCAGGGACUGUAAAUUACGUAUGCCGUAUAUCAGAAUCUAAUGGAAACUGGAAACUGGUACAUGAACUGCAUGAGAAGAUGUAGCGAUCGCAUUACUGAUGGUCUAGCCACGGAAAUAGUUACAGACAUAGUUAUAGCAUUGUUACGGAAAUAAUAACUCUUCAUUGUUACUGGAAAUGACUGUUUUACAGACUUAGCGUAAUCGAGCAUGCCCUUUUAAAACGUUCAGUAAAUAUCAGUUCUGAUAGUAUUUCUUUGAAUUUAACUUAGAUCGGAGCAAUUCAAAACUCCACGGAAAAUCGAAUUGGCACCCUAAAGAAUGCAAGAGUAAAUGAAGGUAAAAACAUGAAUCCCUAAUCCUUACUGGUCAUUAAGAUAUUUUGUGAGUAUAUCUGGUGGGUUGAAAAAAUGGAGGGGUUCCGAAGCCUGCUUGCGAGAACGCGAGUUGCGCGCGCCCUUAAAAGCUAACAUGCACGAGAGAGAUACCGAAAUAAACAGAAGUAACCAAGUCACGAUUCGCUAUAGCUUUGCAUGUGAUUUGCCGCGAGUGUGCUAUAUUAAAUGACCAAUCACGAAACAGAGUAGAACAAAAUUUAGCAAUCCGUAAUCCCUUUCGAUCCUUAUUUAGGAGUUGAAAUAACCUGUUAAUAGUCCUUCAAAUUAGAAUUUUAAAAUGGACAAGGCAAAAAAAGUUUUCUUAUUGUUUUUAUCCACAGAAAAGAACUAUAAAAAUCUUGAAGAAAUUCGUGCAGCGCUCGAAAAUGGAGAAAUUGAGGGUGCCCUUAUAGACACGUACGUUGCUGCAGAUCACAAGAGCGAACUUUUCAGUGACAGAAUCUAUGUGAAGCAGAUUUUGGACCAGCCACUUGGCUAUGGAGUUGUUCUUUCAGGAGCAGCAGUGAAUGUGGAGCAGAGAUGUCGGGACUUCAUAAACCUGCACAUGAGUAAUAUAUUCCACAUGAUAACCAUCUCGACAAAGACACUUGAUGUAAGUGAAAUUCAUAGUUGUUAUUUUAAUAUUUUAUAUUAAAGUUCAAUAACGCGCGCUUUCACUAGCUGAAAGAGAAUACUGUAUGAGAGCAUCGAGCAUUGAGCUGAGCUAAAGUUGUCGCGCCAUCUGCUAAGCUGUACUAUGUCGAACCCUUUCCUGGACUUCUCUCAAACCUUUUUUUCGUUAACUGAAAGUGAAAUUUCGGAAUAAGUGAGCCAACAAGUAGCGACAGAAGACCCAACAAAGGUUUGCAAACAUGCUAGGUGCCGUAAUUUGCGCUAUUACAACGUGAGCAGAGACGAAAAUCCUCAAUGAGAAAGUGAAAUGGACAGUCCGAGUUUUGAAGGUUUUCACCCUCCCUACACUUUCUUCGUGCUGUAGCCGCUUCCUGCGUGCUUUUACAACUGCACAGAGCACAAUCAAGGCUUCCCUAUUUGUUACGUAUAAGCUUAGUUAAUGCAACCAAUAGUGACUCUUUAAAAUGGAGUUGUAUUUCCUAGGUGGACUCAUUAUCAGUGAUAAAACCAGGGAGAAGUACGUGGUCCGGACCACAACCCUACCCCCAUCAGACCAAUGAAUGUUUGCAAACUUCUUCCAUCACCAGGGUCUUAUAUUAAUGCUCAACCUAAGAUCAUAAUUUCCCGUCAGAUUGGGAAGUGGGCAUAGUAUUAUUUGGAUGUGUCACAAUAACAUUUGCCUGAUCCUACCCAAAGGCUCUGUAGUAUUCUAGUUAUCCCCUACAUUGCCGGUCAAUUUUCCAUAACCCCACUACCCUCCCCUAUAGGUUAUAAAAUCGCUUCUCCUCCCUCUCCCCUUUCUGUUCUGUUAGCAACGACUGAUCCUCUCCCUUCCCCCCUGAAAACCGUGCGAUCCCCCCAAAACCUCAAGCUCCUUGCAGGUGAUCAAUAAUGGCUGGUCACAUAUUAUACCUGGCCCGUAUAAUUUUUUUCUUUGACUGUAUUCUUUAAUUGAUUAAAAAUACUUUCGUGGUUGUUGUUGUUGCUGUUGUUGUUGUUGUUACUGUCGAGUUUUCCUUUCUGUGCUUAUUUCUUGUGGUCUCUCGCAGCCUGCUCCUACAGAUGAAAAUGUGGAAUCAAGUACAGACUUGUUCGACGGUUCCUCCGUUAUGUUCCGCAUAGCCUUAGCUUCCUUGUGUGGAAUGCUUGGAUUAGCAAUCAUUGCUGGGAUAACUUACCACUAUCUGAUUUUCGUUCCACGCCAAAAGAGAGGUAAGACGUCUUAUCUCUUAUCUUGAGGGAAUAUUUUUCAGGAAUAAGUACAGGUAAAAUCGAAAAUUCUAUGUAUUUCUAAGCAUUCUUGUACCCAGAUAUUUCAUGGCCAAUCAGCUGUUACACCUGAACAUGAAUGAAAGUGAUCUUCGCAGUGAUGUGGACUACUUAGGCAGUAGUGAAAAUAAGGCCUGAAAAAAAUUCAGGCUUGUACGGGAUUUGAACCCAUGACCUCUGCGAUACCGGUGCAGCGCUCUACCAACUGAGCUAACAAGCCAACUGGGAGCUGGUCAUGAUGGUGGUUCUAAAUAAACCCGUGAAGUGAUGAAUAGACGGUUAAGAAUAUAUGAAGAUCAUAUAUUUGAACUGCGGAUAAAGACAUGAAUGAAAGCUGUUACACCGUAGGAUCUUGGUACGAGAUUAAUUACAGGCAAUCACAGCGCUUUGAAGUUUGGCUACUAAGGAAUUGGAAUUCUUACCUAUUAACCCAACAACUCCUAGAAGUGAUUAACAUGCAUCUUGUACCUAUAAGGAAAGAGAGAAGCAAUUCAGGAUAAUAACACAAUUGAAUUACGUGACAGAGUCACUGGUCACGGUGUAUUUUAGAAUGCGCCUUUAUCGCCGGUUACACCGAAUAGAAUCCUGGGGUUCGGUUCUGAAUUGUUCAUAGAGGUUUGAAUAGCGUAAGCUGUCAGAACUCAAAUAUGAAAUAACAUAAGCCAAAUUUUUAAAAUGAGUUUGCAUUAUAAUAUUGACCUAGAGCUAAUCAAAUUAUGAUAUUCGAUACGUUUUGUUGACGUCUUUCGUCACGAGAUAGUAAAAUUUGCCAAAUUUUGGCCUUUUAAAAUGUUUAAAGUAUUAAUCCGUGUGGUCUAAAGCUCUCUCCUACUAUAUUUCCAACUUAAAUGGUUAAAAUCAAAGAUUUAUCGAGCUACUUAUAUAAAACGGUCGGAGGUUGCUCAAUGAACUCAUUUGCAUAAUCGGCUGUCACGCUAGCGAAAUCGGUAAAACUUUAAAGUCACCACGGCGAGGAAAAUUGAUAAGUGCAGGAUGUUUUUAUAUUUUUCUGCAGCCAAACGUCUUGUUAGAAGAAAUAAAGCGGAGUUUUCAAUGGUCUGGUCUGGAAUUGAGCAAUAUCAACCAAGAAAGAAACAGUCGUUUUGACCAAUUUGAGAAAGCUGUCUAACGAGUGUUUUUAAAUAAAUUAUGACGAACCUCUGAGUAAACGAAUAUCAAAAUUGAAAUACUUUUUAUACACCUUACAUAUCACAUAGUCUUAGAAUACAAAAGAUUUUUUGCUGCAUGCGAUGUGAUACGAGGACCGGGCUUUUCAACUUUUGAAGUUUUCGAUGUCGUAAGAGGUCAAAAAAAAAGGGUCGUAGUUUUGGAAGUUUUUAUUAUUUAGAGCUCUAAAAAUUUUAUUGUAAUGUAUUUCCAGAAACUAAUGUGGUUUUUUUAUUUACUUGCUACCAAAGAUAGUCUAUUGGGCAAAGUUUGAGAGAAAACUUUUUUCCGAUGCGAAAUGCCCUGGACCGCACUUAAAGAGAUCGCUACUUAACAAUCAGAUCUUGGGAGUUUAGUGGUCAAAUAAUUAAAUGUUACAAUUGCAUUUCUUUAUUUUACUGACUAUGGCUCCUUUGCAGCAAUAGUGUUGACAGGAAGACAUUACAUUCGCCCCCACUUUUGGCGAGUUUUUGGGGAUGGGGUGGGGCAGGCUUUAAUAGUUACGAGCAGCGCGUUUUUUUUUAUUCUUUAUCGUAAAUUAUUGUAAGCUCCAACCAGUAAUUUUGGACUCAUUGAUAAUUAAUUAUUAUAUCAUUAAUCGUCAGUAAAUAUCCUCAACCUAUCUUUUCUUUCUUUUCCAGUUGACAGGCUAAAAGCAUCUUCAUCCCAACUUGCUCGGAAAAAAGCCCUAGUUGCAGAAAUGAGAGAUUUUGUACGCAUUUUUCACUCACAGAUGUCCACUCGAAUAUCUUCAGAGAUGGAUAAGUGUAAACAAGUAUUAAGAGACAUAAGAGAGGAAAGAAACAUUUCUAAGCAAGGCGGUGCACUUUUAUUAAACAAUGUUAAAACUAAUCCAAUCUACUCAGAUUCGUCUGAGGGAUGUGAUUCUGUUGUGGCACAGCGACCUUUGGUAUUCAAAUCAGCGAAGAGUAUUGAAGAGCUUAACAAACAUAACACUUUUGUAAACAUUGCUGCCCUAAAUUCUUCCGGAGAAAACUUAAGCCUUGAGAGUGACUCUGAUAACUGUACGAAAUGAAGUAACUUUGUGUUAGGUUACACGAAGAACUCAAUAAUAUAAUGACGACAAAGCUCAGAUCAGUUGAUGGAUGAGAUGGUGCUCAUGUUGCUAUGGUAAUUUUACAGGGUUUAGGAGAUGUUUAUAGCGGUGGUCUUUGACAGUUAGGAAUUCUGUUAUUUCGAUCUUUCACCGUGACGCGACAAGCAUUAGUAGUAUAGAUUUAUUGAAGCUGUUUAAGUAACUUCAAGAGCAUUUGCUUUGAAAUAAACGAGACUUAUUUCUAUUUGUAAUCACAAUAACUGGGCAUUGUAUUUGUUAGUGAUCUUUUGCCGUAAGACUACAACGAUUAAUAGCAAACAUUUUUUGUAGCUCUAUGAAUAGCUCCUUAAGCAUUUGCUUUGAAAUAACAAAGACUUAUUUCAAUUUGUAAUCAGAAUUUCUAUUUGUAAUCAUUAGGCAUUGUAUUUAUGAGUGAUCCUUAGCCGUAAGACGACAACGAUUAAAAGUAAAGAUUAAUUGUAGUUCUAUGAAUAGCUCCUUAAGCAUUUGCUUUGAAAUAAACGAGACUUAUCUCUAUUUGUAAUCACAAUAACUGGGCAUUGUAUUUGUUAGUGAUCUUUUGCCGUAAGACUACAACGAUUAAUAGCAAACA